AUGUUAAGUGGGGAAAAAGUCAUUAUAUUCAGGCAGGCUUGUGUUUCUUUGUCCCAGGUUUUGUGGCAUAGUAUGGAUUUGACAUCAUCACAACAUAAUCGUCUUCAAAAUGAACUGAUAAAAGAAAGACGAGAAGGGGAAAAAGAAGAUGAACAGAUAGUUGCAGAAAUCAUGAGAAGGCGCUUUUUUCCUGCUCUUAUGACUCAUAAAGCCUGGGAAGGCUUUCAUUUUGCUGGCCAUGAGAUAAGAAUUACAGAAGCCAUUGAUUGUUAUGGGGCAGUCGUCUGGCCAUCGGCUCUUGUUCUGUGUUAUUUUUUGGAAAAUAAUUCUAAACAAUACAAUUUGGUUGACAAAAAUGUGAUUGAAAUUGGAGCUGGAACUGGGUUGGUCUCCAUAGUAGCCAGUUUACUGGGUGCACUUGUGACUGCCACUGAUUUGCCAGAACUGCUUGGAAACCUUCAGCAUAAUGUUUUCCGAAAUACAAAGAUGAAAUGCAAGCACCAGCCUCAUGUUAAAGAAUUGUCUUGGGGAGUUGAUCUGGAAAAGAAUUUUCCUAGGUCUUCCUGUCACUUCGACUACAUUAUGGCUGCUGAUGUAGUUUACCACCAUCCCUUCCUGGAUGAACUUCUCCUAACUUUUGAUCACUUGUGCAAGAAUGACACUGUUAUUCUGUGGGCUAUGAGAUUUAGGUUGGAAAAGGAGAACCAAUUUGUUGGCAGAUUUCAGACACUGUUUAAUUUAGAAGUGCUCUCUGAUUUCCCCAGUUUGAACAUAACCCUGUAUAAGGCAAUGAGGAAAAGCAGGAUGACAGCCAGACCUUCCAAACUCAUGGUCUAAAAGAGAGAUAGAGGGAAUUGACAGCUUCAGCUGUUCUGCAGCUUGUUCUCUUUUCAGUAAUUUCCACAUUAGUAACUGCUAACACCUGCAUGAAUAUCAUUUUUUUUAGAGUUAGCUAAAACAGAGCAUCAGAUUCCUAGUGCAUCCCUAACAAAUUCCUAAAUUCAAUUUGCUGAUACAUUUCUUCUGCAUAUGAAACUAUCUUUGAUGUUUUCUUGACUUUUAUGUGCUAAGCUGACAAUACUAAUAACUUUUGCAAGUCUUACCUUAAUUGUUAUGAGUUAUGUAAUGAAUAUUUCCAAUAGCUUUCAAUUGCAGCUUUGCAUGUCUUAUAAGAUCAACUGAUCGUUUAAAACUUAAGACUAUGAUAAAUCUUUAUAUUUAAAAGUUGUGGUGUUAAAUCUGAUUUUUCCCUCUUCUCAUUAUUAUGUAAAUCCUUCAUUUGAAUAGCCUUUAUUAGCACAUUAGCUGAAAACAACCCACCACCUGGGAAAUAUACUGUCAUAACAAAGGGACAGAACGUAUUAGUUACCCUUUGAUUUAAUGAUCAUACUUUCUUCCCCUUCCAUUUUUUAUUUAGAUUAGGGGAUUCUUUAACAAAAAGCUGCACACAUGAGGCAAGAGGGAGUUAAAAGUUUUGUUGCUUGAACAAAGGUCUUGGAUUAGAAAAGUACAGCAUAUCACCAGCUGCCCUUUGCAAAGACCUUAAAUUCUUAGAGGUCUGCUCCUCCAAAAAUAGACAGUUAUCUGGACCUCAGGGAACAACAGUGGAAAAAGGAGAGUGGCCAUUCAAAGAAGAGUUUUGUGCUGCCGGCUGGUGGUGUCUGGAGGUAGGAAACUAAACCAGCCUGACACGGUGUGGCUGAAGCAUGGGCAGGCUUAGGUAUUUUUUUGUUUUUGUAGUAUGGGAAAACAAAAUACUUUUCUCUUACCCAAUCAAUACAGUGUGUUCCUGUUUUCAGUGCUCAGAUUAAUGUCCUUGGAAGGCUAUCAAAGAGCUUUCUUUUGGGAAGAUUAAUAAAAUUAUUCUUUGC